CCAGCAACAACAUUGAAAACCCACUGGUGCUUUGUCCACUGCAGCAUUUUUUUGUUCUGGUUCUCCGUUCCUUUUGGUAAGGAUGAGGGCUGCUGAAUAGGUCAGGCAGCCCAUCACCUGCUCUUGGGUUCCUCUUCAACAGAACUUGACCUUCAGCCUCUUGGACCCAUUCAGUGUAUGGCAGACUAUGUGGAGGUUCCUCUUCAUCAUUCUUUGGUGCCUCUUGGACAAGAGUGUUGGCAUCAGCAGAAGAUAUUAUAUUGGAGCAGUGGAGACAGACUGGAAUUAUGAACCUAUCAACCAGAAGGGGGUGUUCCCCUCUACUACAAUCACUCACUACAAGAAGGCUGUGUAUUUGGAAUACAUGGACUCCACGUUCACGCAAACAAAACCUAAGCCUGCUUGGAUGGGUAUUUUGGGACCAACUAUCCGAGCUGAAGUCCAUGACAAAGUGGUUGUAACCUUUAAGAACAUGGCUUCCCGUCCUUUCAGCAUCCAUGCCAUUGGAGUGUCCUUCUGGAAAGCUUCUGAAGGAGCAGGCUAUGAUGAUGCGACUACCUGGACCGAAAAAGAAGAUGAUGCAGUGGAACCCGACCAGACUCACACUUAUGUGUGGGAGAUUUCACAAGAGCAAGGACCAACUGGAGCUGACCCACAUUGCUUGACAUAUGCCUAUUCCUCCAAGGUGGACAGUGUAAAGGAUGUUAACUCCGGAUUGAUAGGGCCACUGCUGGUCUGUAAGCCAGGGUCCUUGGAGAGUACAGGAACCCAGAGCUUGCUGCAAGAAUUCCUGCUCCUCUUUGCUGUGUUUGAUGAAGGCAAAAGCUGGUACACCCAGUCCAACACUAUAGGGAAUGCCUUAUCCACAAACAGCAGGGCUCAGAUUCACACUAUCAAUGGCUUUGUGAAUUCUCCCCUGCCUGAGCUCAAGGUGUGCCAGAAGAGACCUGUCUACUGGUAUGUCAUUGGCCUAGGUACCAGACCUGAAGUCCACUCCAUUUUCUUUGAGGGACACUCUUUUCUUGUGAGAGAUCAUCGGCAGGCUACGCUGGACAUCACUCCAGCAACUUUUCUUACUGCUGAGACUACACCUAGAAACAACGGCACAUUUCGAAUGUUCUGCCAGAUUCCAUCCCAUCAACAAGCUGGAAUGGAAACCUUCAUUAAAGUGGAUGUCUGCCCAGAGCCACCUGAGAAGAAGAUGAGGGCAGCACAGCCAAGUGAAGAUGAAGAGAACUAUGGAGAUUAUGAAGACUAUGAUAUGGAAAGUGUGGUUGUCAACAUGGGAGAUUUUUCACCCAGGAUUACUGGCCGUUCCCGUGCCAAGAGGCUGUCUGUGACAUGGGAGCAUUACAUUGCAGCAGAAGAGGUUGACUGGGACUAUGCCCCAGUCAAGCACAAGAACCAGGACAGUCAGGUUCUGGAACCUGGUCCCCAACGGAUUGGAUCAAAAUAUAAGAAAGUGAGAUUUGUGGAAUAUGAGGAUAGGACCUUCAAGAGACGGAAGGCAUCAAAUCCAGAUCAUAUGGGGAUUCUGGGUCCUGUUCUCAAGGGAGAAGUUGGUGAUGAAUUUAUGAUCAUGUUUAAGAAUCUAGCCAGGCGGCCAUACAACAUAUACCCCUAUGGCAUCACCAACGUCACCUCGUUUUUCCGCUUAGGAGGCACCAAAAAUCUCAAUAUGAAGCUGUUGCCAAUACGACCAACUCAGGUGUUCAUGUACAAGUGGAAAAUAAUGCCUGAGGAUGGCCCAACUAGAUCAGAUCCCCACUGCCUAACUCGCUACUAUUACAGCUCCAUCAGGCCUGCUAAGGAUUUAGCUUCUGGGCUUAUUGGACCGCUGCUAAUCUGCCUGAAAGAGACCAUGGACCAAAGAGGCAAUCAGAUUAUGUCAGAUGAAGCACGGUUUGUGCUAUUUUCUGUCUUCGAUGAAAACCGCAGCUGGUACUUGGCAGAGAAUAUCAACCGAUCCUGUACUGAUGCAGCCAAUGUCAACCCCUACGAUCCUGAAUUCUAUGCCUCCAAUGUCAUGCACAGUAUCAAUGGCUACAUUUUCAAUAACCUAGAGCUACGGCUUUGCCAGCAUGAAGUGGUGUAUUGGUACGUCCUCAGUGUAGGCGCCCAGACUGAUAUCUUGUCCAUAUUCUUCUCUGGGAAUACUUUUAAGCACAACACAGUCUUUGAGGAGGCCCUCACGCUUUUCCCUCUCUCUGGAGAGACUGUCUUCAUGUCCAUGGAGAAUCCAGGGAUAUGGACACUGGGAUGCUUGAAUCCUAACUUUAGAAAACGAGGAAUGAGUGCCAAGUUGAUUGUUUUCAAAUGCUCCCAAAAAGUGGAGUCUGAAGAGGAAGAUUAUGGAUAUGAUGAUAACAUACCAGAGGACUACAUGAUUCAAACAAACGUCUUACAACCAAGAGGUUUCCAUAAGAAAAGAAGCCAUUUCCAGCCUUACAUAAAAACUCAUCAUAACAACACCAACUCCACUUCAAAAAAUGAAAUGCUCAAUGCAAAUCACAAUUCAGCUCUAUCUCCUGGACAGUCCCACCAGUCUCUCAAGUUAAAUAGGGAAACCAUCUCCACAGACCCACUGUUGCUACCUCAAGGAACUUCAUAUUUAGAUGACAUUUCUUCAUCUUCAUCUCAACAUUCAUCGUUUAAUGCUUUUCCAGUUGUAGAAGAAUCAACCAUGCUGUCAGCCACACCAGGGCAAAGCUUCCAGGAACAUUUGGGAAACUCAUCUCUUGCUCAUGAAGAAUCACACCAUAAUGAGAGUACAUUGGAGACCACAGGUGAUCUGGAUCAUGAAAUGCUGGACUUAGUAAUGCCCAGAACAACUGAAGGAGCUGGGAUGACUGAAGAGACCUUGGCACAUUGGGAGAAAGCAGAGGAUACAAAGCCACCUUCACCACAUCCACUGGAAAAGAUGGAGCUAUUUCAUGAAAGUCCUACCACCAUGAAUCAAUCAAAGAUGGCAUUUGGUAGUGAUGUCUUUUCAAAAAAUCUGACUUUGAAGGCAAUCAUUGACAACAGUUUAUCAAAACUAAAUAAAAGAGGUCCAGAUUCCAUUUUACUUGAAAGAACUUCAUUGGAAGACACUGGCAAAGGUGGAAGAUGGGAUACUGCAGCACUGAUGGCAGACACAAUGUUGAAUGUUGAAAGGACAUUGCAAAAGGCAUCUGUGAAUGAAAGCAAUUCCUUCAACAUGACUAGAAUAUCUGCAUCAUCAGAUGACUUGAAAAGUGAGUCAGUAAUUCAGGACAUGUCAUUGGACAGCCAAAGCAUUAGUACACCAAGUUCAGUAAUCAGCCCUGGAGUUAGAGAGAUAUUAUCACAGAAAUAUGACACAAUCGUUGAAGAUCCAAACAGUUAUUCAUCUUAUAAUGCAAGUAUCCAAGAGGACAAAUCAUUUGCAACUGGAGAAUUGUUACAAUCAGUAUUGCACACCUCUAAAACGAUAGGAAACGAAAGUAUCUCAGUAUCUUUAAGUGAUGAGUUAAAGGAAACAAAUGGCAUACAUUUGCAGGAUGUGAAAGAGAAGGUUAUGCAGCUCAGAAUGGACAGAACAACUGGAGGUCUAGAUCUUUUAGAUGAACACAACUCCUUUGAACAGAAUUCAGAUAGACUGACUAGCCACCCAAGCAUUAUAGAAAAAGCUAUAAAUACUAAUGACAACAUGGAAAGUAAUGAUAGAAGGCAUCCUUCUCACUCACAUGAAGGAACAGAUAAUUUAACACUUCCAAGAGUUUUCCAAGAAGUUAGCCAGGGCAACAAUCAGUCUGGAAGACAAAGUGAAGCUUUUACCCCAUCUAAUGCCAUACCCAGUAGGAAUUCACCCAACAUUGUCCCACAUUCCUAUGGAGCCUUAGAUACACUUGUAGAACAAAAUGUUACACAACUGAGGCCGGAAGACAUCAUGUUAAAGGUUCCUGAAAGGAACAAAGAAAAAGAAGAUGUUCUUUAUCAAAGUCAUACAUCUUCAUCUCAGUCAGAUGGCUUGAGGCAUGAAACAGUUUCUGAAGAGUCUGAAAGAAAGGCAGAGAGCCAAGUACAGUCAAAACCAGAGUUUCAGAGCCAUGAAGGGUUGACAGAUGGAAUGAAGGUGACAUCCUGUAAGCAUGGUCUUCAUGGAUGUGGUGGUCACUUGGAAAAAAGGUCAUUGAAAUUACUCCAUGUUAGAUCAGAAGAAACAGUUGCAGCAGUUACAAAGGAAACAACAAAUUCUAAUGAAGAUAAAGGACAAGAUCAGGCUUUGCUCAGUGGUAACUUGAAGAAUAUAAAAAAUAUGGCCAUGGCUUCUAUGACAAGGGCACCUAUGAUAGGUGAGGCAACAGAAGAGAAUCAAACAGCCAGCCCUGGCAGGAAAACAGUUUCAUCUCGUCCAUCAAACUCAGUCAGAUACAGCUCAGACUCACAUUUCUUGAGCAUUCCUGAUUCCCAAGUAGAAAGCACAGAGACAUUGACUCAAGAUAGAAAGAAGCAGGACUGGAAAGAAGACCACGUCACUGAGGAACUGGGAGAUCCAGAGAAUCAGUCUAGGAGGAGAACAACUUUGAAGGAUUAUGAUAUAAAAAGGAAAUCAGGACUGAGCCCCACUGUAUUUGUAGGAGGAGAACACUCCGGUGUCACUUCCGUUCCCCAGAAGACCACUGGGCAAACAAAUGAGGUUGGAUUCACUGAAGCAAAGGAAUCUCGAAUUAUGCAACAUGCUGGUUCAGAAACUCUCUUGCAGUUUCAACUGAGAAAUUCUAAUGCAGAUGAAUCUUUGCUGGGUGCCACAAAAAAGGAGGAACCUGGCAUUUCAGCAAAAAGGGCCGCAUCAGACAAUGAUGUGCUCCCUCAAGAGGACUUGACCAUCACCCAGACUCUCCAAGAUGAACGAAGAGAUGAGGAGUUUCAUGGUGCCAAGCUAUUUGAUGGUGAAGCAGGUAAUGUUCCUUCCCCCAGGACUAAGCUAUCUGUCUCUGUGAGGACGCCAGAGGCAGAAGGGGCUAAAAUUCAGGAAUCCAGGAAAGAUGCGAGCCCAGGCAUGAUAAAUGUGGAAGGUUCCUUAACACUCUCUGGCUUCAGCAGACCAGUGAAGACAAAUGUCUCAAAACAUCUGAAAGGGUCAUCUGACUAUGACUACUACAGCAAUACUGAGGAUGCCUUGGAGGAAUUUGAUAUCUAUGGAGAAGAUGAGCAUGACCCACGGACUUUGACAGGGAGAGUACGACAGUAUUACAUUGCAGCAGUUGAGGUGAUGUGGGACUAUGGGAGUCGUACUCCUUCACCGUAUCUCCAAGACCAGGAUUUGAAGAAUAAGCAGUCCAAGAAGUACAAGAAAGUUGUUUACAGAGGGUAUCUAGACAAAAGUUUUACACAGCCAUUAGUUCGUGGAGAGUUGUAUGAGCACUUGGGCAUUUUGGGACCGUACAUCCGGGGACAAGUUGGAGAUGUCAUCAUGGUGACAUUUAAGAACAUGGCUUCUCGCCCUUACUCCUUCCAUUCCAACUUGUUGCCUUAUGAAGGGAACAUGGAGGACAGAGGACAACCUUGGAGGGAAGAAGUGCAGCCGAACGAGAUCCGAGAGUAUUCUAUCACAGUGUUGCAGCAGAUGGCUCCUACAGCCAGUGAGUUUGACUGCAAAGCAUGGGCAUACUUCUCCAGUGUGGAUCUGGAGAAAGACCUGCACUCUGGUCUUAUUGGGCCUCUGAUUAUCUGUCAGCUUGGAGUCCUGAGCUCUACCCAUGUUCGGCAGCUGAGCAUCCAGGAAUUCUCUUUGCUAUUCAUGGUCUUUGAUGAGACAAAGAGCUGGUAUUUUGUUGAGAACCUUGAAAGAACCUGUCCACCCCUAUGUUCAAUCCGUAGAGACGAUCCUGUCUUGAAAACAAACCAUUCAUUCUAUGCUAUCAAUGGCUAUGUUAGAGACACAUUGCCAGGGCUCGUCAUGGGUCAACAUCAGAGGCUCAGAUGGUACUUGCUGAACGCAGGUGAUGCUGAGGACAUCCAUUCUGUCCACUUCCAUGGACAAGUCUUCACCAUCAGAAAUGAUCAAGAGUACCACAUGGGGGUCUACAACCUCUACUCUGGAGUCUUUGAGACAGUGGAAAUGCAGCCAUCCCAUCCUGGGAUUUGGCGGGUAGAGUGUGCAGUUGGUGAGCAUGAGCAGGCUGGAAUGAGCGCCCUGUUCUUAGUGUAUGACCAACGGUGUCAAACGCCUCUGGGCCUAGCUUCUGGAUACAUUGCUGAUUCUCAGAUUACAGCUUCAGGACAUCAUGGUGAAUGGCUCCCCAGUUUGUCCAGGCUGCACAAAUCUGGGUCAGUCAAUGCUUGGAGUACAGCUGAAAAAAAAUCCUGGAUCCAGGUGGAUCUGCUACAUCCAAAGAUUAUCCAUGGAAUAAAGACGCAAGGAGCUCGUCAAAAGUUGUCUAACCUCUACAUCUCUCAGUUUUCCAUCUUCUACAGCCUGGAUGGUGAGAGGUGGAAGAGUUAUAAAGGCAAUGCCACCAGCUCUGAGAUGAUAUUCUUUGGAAAUGUGGGUGCAACUGGUGUGAAAGACAAUUUCUUUGACCCUCCUAUUGUGGCCCGCUAUAUCCGCCUCCAUCCAACGCACUACAACAUCCGCAACACGUUACGUAUGGAGCUCAUUGGCUGUGACCUGAACAGUUGCUCCACACCACUGGGAAUGGAAAGCAAAACCAUCUUUGAUGAACAUAUCUCCGCCUCUUCCUACAUUGACAAUGUGUUCUCCACUUGGUCUCCCUUUCAAGCCAGGCUUAACUUGAAUGGUAGAACCAAUGCUUGGAGACCAAAGGUGGAUAGCACAGCAGAGUGGCUUCAGGUGAACUUUCUGAAGACCAUGCGGGUGACAGGGGUGGUGACCCAAGGGGCAAAGUCUGUCUUCACCAAAAUGUUUGUGAAGGAAUUUUCUCUCUCAGGAAGCCAGGAUGGCACACAUUGGAAUCCUGUUUUGCAAGAUGGAAGAGAGAAGAUUUUCCAGGGAAAUCAAGAUCAUCUCAGCCCAGUGAUAAAUUUCCUGGACUCUCCCAUUUUUGUUCAGUAUUUGAGGAUACACCCAGUCCUCUGGAAUAAGCACAUUGCACUGCGGAUGGAAAUUUUAGGUUGUGACACUCAGCAAAUGGCCUAGUAAUGAUAAACCUGUCUUUGAUCUCCCUGGGGAACUUUCAGCCACCUGGAACACAGUGAAGUAAGAUCUAGCGUCAGAACAUGCUCAAAAGAAAUGAACCACAUUGCCUGUAUAUUUUUUGAUAGCAGCAGUUUUGGAUUGUAUGAAGAAUAUUAAAGUAACUGGAAAACUAUUUCUGCCUGAGAAGUGGGGUAGCUGUGUUAGGAGGAAAGCUACUUUUGAUUCUAAGGGAAGUGUCUCUCCAGGGACAAACAGCAGUUUUCAGGAGGGGAUUUUUCUUCCAGACCACGAUGAGAGAAAAGGCUUUCAGGUCCUGUACCAUGACAUCUUCCCAUUGUAGUUUUCAUCUUGAUAAAACCCAUCUGAAGCCACUUUUUGAUGUUUAGGAAAGUGUAGCUUUGAAUUCCAGACACUUAUUAUAUGUGUGGAUUACAGUUCUAAGCAUAUUUACUUGGAGGUAAGUCCCACUGAAUUAAAUGAGAUCUAUUUUAGAGCAGGCAAGUAUAGAAAGUGUAGGGUAAGGUAGGAAAUGUUUCCUUAAAACAAUGCAAAAGGGUUUUUUUAAAAAAAAAGAAAAAAAAAACCUAAAUCCAUACAAUCUAAUCUGCAACUUUUAACAGAAAUAAACAAGGUUAACAGAAUCUGCAAUGUGCGACAAUCCCUGCUGGAUAAUGCCAAGUGUGGAUCUAGUUAGUCUAACAUCCUAUUUUCUCAUCAAGGAAGACCCACUGUUUCUCUAUGUGAAGCCGGCAAGCAAGCAUGAAAGCCAACAUGACAUUUUUCCAGAUCUGUUGGACUACAAACUCCAUCGGCCCCCUCUGCUUGGCUAAUUGUCAGAAUUGAUGGAUGUUGUAGUCCAAAACAUUUGGAAUGGCCCAAACUGGCAAAGUUUAUGGCUGGAAUCCUGUUGGUUACAUCCAGCUGGAUUAGACUCAUUCAAUCCAUCUUUUUUUUUUAAUUGAGAGUCAACACACAACUAAAUCCAAUUGAUUCAGUGGGUCUAUUCUACUCAGGAUUUCACCUCUGUCUCCUGAAUAAAAGCUGUUGACAGACCUGUUUCCCUACAUGGUUUUGUUUUAUCCUCUGUUUAAUAUCUUGAUAGCUGAUAAACCUUUCAGAUCCUCUGUACUCACAGCAGCUAUAAAGAGUUGGUUCCACCAGAUGAGCUAUCGUUUUCCCAAAUACUCUUCUAUCAGCAAAAGUCAAAUGGUGUCAGACCUUUCAAUGUUACAAAACUGUUCACGUCCAGCAUACUUAAAUGUCUUUGCUAUUUAUGCUAAACCUCUGGGUUGUCAGAGGACAGUGCCACAUAA